UGACGAUUUAAAGCUGAGUAUUAGCGCUAACAUUUCCAUAAGCGUUUGAAUCGUCCAGUUAUCAACAUCUAUUAUAAUUGACCAGAACGUGUUAGCAAAAUGAAUAAAGUGUUCGCUUUUAUAUUCAUCGCCGCUGUUAUUUGCAGUGGAUUAACAGAUGCUGAAGACAUAUGCUCGUUGGAGCCGAGGAGCGGACCGUGCAGAGCCGAAUUUCUGAGAUACGCGUACUACAGCGAGGAGAAUAAAUGUAAAUUGUUCGGAUAUGGUGGUUGCGACGGGAACGCUAACAACUUCGAAACAAUGGGGGAAUGUGUGAAAGCUUGUGUGAAACAGUGAUCUAAUUUAACCAUUAUGUUUAGACCGAGCGCACGUUGGAUACGUUUGUGCGAUUUUUAGUAGUCCAAAUCGCACGACUACGCACGAAUCUUUUUGAUUAAAGAAUCUCGAGAUAGGAAGCUCUGUUGUGCGUUUAUGCGCAUCGUCAUUAGAUUACAGUUUUUUUGGAUUAUAUUUUAGAAGAAACAUAAUGGACAUCGUUUUAUUCACACUAUAUACUUGACAGAACAGCAAGAACCUGAUUAAAACGAAACUAAAGCUACAGUACUAAAACCCAGUAUGUGUAUUGGGUAGUCAACACAUUCGUUCAAGAAUCGCAGAUAUUAGUGCGAGUCACAAUCGUGUCCAACGUGCGCUCGGACGUAUUUUUUAUUAUAUUGAAUUUUAUAAAAAUAAAUAUUCUUUAUCGCACGUA